AUGAUUAAGGCAUCUGUUUCUGAACCGCAUUAUAUGGAUAUCAUUCCCAGCAACAUUCUAACAGAAAUGACGUCAUCUUUAUUGCAAGUACAUUUUCGAGGGGAGCAGUACCUAUUCAACGUCUUCGAAGCGAUCAUUUCCACACUGGAGUCGAAAUUACAGCGCAUAGAAAACCUGGACAAAGCAGUAGAGCAUUUGAUGAGACGAGUAGAGGGUCUAGAUUCAAGAGUUAACAACAAUAUUGACAAAACAGAGUCUGUCAUAGCAAAACUGAGAAACUUGGACUCUAAAUUAUUUCAUACUACUGCUAACAGACUGCCAUUUGAUGCGAAAAAGUCAGAUACAAAUCCAGAAUCAAUCAAUUUAAAUAGAAGACUGGUCGUUUUGGAUGAAAAAGUAAGCGAAAUUGACGACAAACUCAGCGUAUUGAAGAAUCAACUGGACACAAACUCCUUACAAGGAGAAGAUUUCAAUGCUGAAGCUAGUGAGAAAAGGUCUAUCAGCAUGAACGUAGUUGAAAUCACCAAAGCUCUCAAUACAGAAGUAAUAAAUCACGUCACCAAGGAGCUUGGACAGCUGAAAGAAGCUACAAAUGGUGUAGAUCGCAAGUUACAGUUUCACAUCAAUUUAGUUCAAGAUAAUCUUGGAAAAGUGAUUAAUAUGAUCACUGAUGUUCAUCAUGCUAUUGUGGACGAUCCGAAAGGCUAUAAUUCACUAUACAAUCGUAGUACUACUACUACAACUACACCAAGGCCAGAAUUUCACAGGAAUAGCAAGAUUGAUAGUCUGGUGCAGCAAAUGAAACCAAUCAUAACAGUGUCACAGAAAAUGGAUGAAGUUUGGAAUGUUGUAGUGGGUACCAAGAGUUCCGUAGAUGAUUUGGUACCAAAAUCUGAUGAACUUCUCACUCAAACUCAAAGACAAGAGCGAGCUAUUGGUGAGAUUCAUAACGAUUUGAGGACUAAAACCAACAAGAUCAUAGCUAACUUAGACAAAGUUGAGAAAAGAUUGAAGAAACAGGAAGACGAUGUCGCCACGUUAGCCCAAAGACCCGUUCCAGCUGAAGCACUUGUGGAACCGAAUUUGGAACAUGUUGAUGAUUAUGGAACAACGCGAUAUGUUGAAGAUUACGCGACAGAUACAACGUUGCCAGUUGGAUUUACAACGAUAUCACCACCGAUAACGCAGACUCCGUCGGGACUUCAGAAUCAAACUAAUGGAGGUACGACUACAGAGAAAAGGGUGGAGAAGAGGAAAGGCGGGAUUAUAUUCCCAAGUGUGAAGAAUAAACCAACACAUGUCAACUCAACAUUCGUGACGUCAGAUGGCUAUUCCUGUGUGGAUUUCCUCAAUGCAGGAAUGAGGAAUUCCGGAAUCUACUAUCUUCAGAUCAGAGGUACUACCUACUGGUUCUUGAAGGUCUUCUGUGAGCAAGAAAUUGCAGAUGGAGGAUGGACGGUGAUUCAAAGGCGAGAUGAUUUUGGCUUCCCAAGAGAGAACUUCAACAGAGACUGGAAUGACUACAAAAAUGGAUUUGGGGAUCCAGCCAAAGAAUUUUGGCUGGGCAAUGAAAAUAUCUACAUGUUAACCAAUAAUGAAGAGUAUUCUCUGAGAGUUGAACUAGAAGACUUUGAAGGGAAUAAGAGAUAUGCCCAGUACGCCCACUUCAAAAUAUACUCGGAGGCCGAUUAUUACAAGCUGGAAAUAGAUGGUUACGAAGGCAAUGCAGGCGAUUCUCUGAACGACCCAUGGUAUGGAAGCAGCAAUAGCAUUGUGUGGUUCAGAUGGAAAGGUUGGGACUACACGUUGAAGAAAUCCGUAAUGAUGAUAAAGCCGAGAACCUUCGUAAGCGGUUCAGGCACUUAAUGUAAUGAGUAUUAGCCAAUUUAUAAUCACCGGUUAUCAUUACGUUUCAUUGUAAAAUAUCAUCACAUCAUUCACUAUUUAUUUUGAAUUCACUCUCUGAUUUUGGCUUCGAGAAAUUGUUAAGGUACGCGUCCAAAUAUGCGCAUCCGACGUAUCGGAAUAGUUAGCCGCGAGAACUCCCUUUCGGAUUGUCCUGGCCAGUGCUGGUCAAAGUUGUUUUUCACGCGUACGACAGAGGAACGCGUGUUAGAAAGAGUGCACCAUAUAAGCGUCAUCAUCACGUUGCCUAGCAACUGUAGCCGACCAAGUUAUCAAUUUCUAAAUUCGUUGAAAAAAUUCAUCAUGCCGCCUAACAUGUAAAAAUUCAAAGAACUGGAGAUAUUAAUGUUUCACUUUUUUUUAUAAAUUCAAUUAAACUAGAGGAAACUUAUAUGCGAGAUGUGUUUCUUACUUUUAUAAAAUUUUUAUUUGAAUUGUUAUUAUUAGUUUAUUUGUUUGUUGUCAAUGAGAAUAUACUUUUAUUUUUUAGCUUGCAUCAAUAACUAUACAGGAGUUUCCAUUUUAUGAAUAAAACUACUACUACAGUUUCCCAGAUCCUCGUAAUAAACAGCACACAGCGGCAACUGUCCAACGAUGGAUGUUAUCCUAUAGCUUCCGUCUUCUCCAAGUGCGCACUUGCGCAGGCAUUCAUUCAUUUCGCAUUCGAUAUUGUCGUUGUUGCCGGUUGUACUCCGUAUCCGGACAAAAUAAAAUUCGAACACUGAAUUCGGAUGCGAUAUCAUUCAUUCGUACUGUAACAUAAGCCGGCAACACACCGCAGGCAUUCAAAUUCGGUAUCGACCUCUGUGCCUCGGCAUGAUCCGAAGAUUUCAAUACCCGGCAUCAACGGGUAUUUUCAUUUGAAUUCUUACAUCAAUCACUAGGUCCAACCAGUAUUGGCAGACGAUUAUUUUUUUUCUCCCUAGAUAGUUUGCCAAAAUUUCCCUAGAUUUCCCUAACAACUUAAUAUUGUUUGUAAUUUGGGGUAGGAGUAUGGAUAAGCAAAUGCAAACAAAUUUAUUACGUAUAAUUAGUUUAAUUAACGUAACAGGUAUUUCUUAAAAUAUAUAAUAUAAACUAAAAUACAUGAUAACUUAAGUAUGCAUAUUAUAAAAAUAUAAUACAAAAUUUAUUCUGUAUAAAUAGCGAACGCACGAACAUAGCAUAACAUAAAAUACUUUGUUUUUAAGAAAAAAAUAAAGCAAAAUAACCAAAAGAUGGUAUUAUAAUUUAAUUUAGGGAUGCUAAAGUUGUAGCAACUGUCAUUUUUCAAUAAAACUUUGAUAUGUAAAAUUCCACUUAAACAGUCGAUAAUUUAUUUCCUAUUUUAGUUUUGUUUAGACUUAUUUGGAAAAUUAUCGUUUCGAUAUUUGCAUUUGAAUGUGGCAAACUAAACAGAUUAAACACAAAAUUAGUUAAGGUUGGAAACAUAAGAGAAUCACCACCAGAUUUUAAUGUUGAAAUUCUUUCCCAAAAUUCUUGAACGCUUAAAUUUGUAUAUUCACUUAAAUCAAGAUUUCUUAGGCAACGCAAUUCUUUGUCUAUUUCAUUUACGUUAUCAGUUGUCAAGUUGGGAAGAUCGAAAACUAAAGGCCCUAAUGAUGCUUGUUUUUUGCAAUUACUUCAUAUGGUAAUAUAAGUGACAUACAUAUGUUUUACGGGAAUCACCAAUGAGGAAUCACCGACGGGGAACAACACCGUUUCGUUUAGUAAUUCCUCGAAUGUUAUGAGUUAUGAUUUCCGACCGGUUUGUUGAUACAAUUUGGUGUUCGUACAUUUUAAUAUAUUUUGAAUUAUAUUUUAUAGGUACAAUCGGAAAUUUUAAAAGUAACAUAUUUGUUUCUUAGUUUAUUCUCUAUCUCUCGUUUAUUUUUUCUCCCUGCUGCUUAAAUUUGUCUUACAGACUUUAGAAUUCCCUAGAUUUUGUACAAAUUUAAAUAAAUUUCCCUUUUUCCCUAAGCUUGCUCGUAAUUCCCUAGAUAUAGGGAAAUUUCUCUAGGUCUGGUAACGCUGGGUCCAACGUUUCAUUGCGACUAAACCGCACCCCGAACGCGUAGAUCAAGACCUCUCCCCACUUCCUCGCGUAUUCGGUUGCCGCCUAAUUCAAAUUUUAAAUGCGACUUUUAUUCCUUAAAUACCAGAUAAAUAAUCAGUAAAUAAACAUGAAAGACGUCUCCAUAGCAGGCACCACAUGUACAUGCACCAGUAAUGUUGCAAUUGUGCAUGGAAUUGAAACACAAAUAAUGAUACAACUAAUCAACGAAUCAUUUAAUAUUCGUUGAAUCUGUGUAUGUCUGGGCUUGCUAAAGAAAAUAUCAUUUUUUUCGAAAUUAUUCCCAAAACCUCUUUAUAUUGUCAGGUAAAUUUACGUAUAAUGUUGGUCUUAAAUAGAGGUAUGAUCGUGUUGUAGAUUUGUUUGGUCUAGGUACAACCGCUCAUCGUAGUUUGAGAUGUGAAAUUAUCAAUAAAAAUUAGUCUCCUCUAGCUUGGCUUUCAUUAAAUUUAUUUAUUAUUAUUUAACUGAACCUAACUGAGUUGAAGAACAGAAGAGGCAACGUUCUGGGCAAAGUGAGUGUUUCAAUGAGUUAUGAUUCUAUCACACUAUGUUAUGUCCUACACGAGUCUACCUGCUAUAGGUAGACAAGUAAAAGGUAACAGAAUUGAAAAUUCGAGUAGUCUCGGACCAAUCCAGAAGUUGAAGUGUUGAACUGGAUAUCCGAACUAUGAAGUCAAGUUCGUGUUACACAAUGACGGUAGAGAAGAGCGCGGAACGCGGCUGUAACUCCUCCCCCCUUGUCGUUGCCUGGCAACGUGAUGAAGGCGCAUAUAUGACGCAUUCUUUCUAUCAUGCUUCUGUCUCCGUCUCUCGCAUGGAAAUAUAAAAACGUUCUAAAGUUCUAAAAGCGUUAAGCGCCAGAAGUUGAUACGUGCCAUGCGGAACUAUGGACGCAUACCCAUACUUAAUUUUGCAACUUUCUUAUACAAAUUUUAGUAGAAACAUGAGAAAAUACGUUUCUAGUUGGUUUGAAUCUUCAAAAAUAUCUGAGGUACUACUAUCAACAAACAAUUAUUCAGCUUUACCAGAAAUGCAAAACUCAACUCUAAAAUCAUGCAUUAAAAAAUGUUUUAUUCAGCUAAGAUUUUGGUACUUGAGCUUAGAUAACUUUACCUAUUAAAUGAAACGACGAAUCUUUGAAAAUGUAGUUACCAAUAAUAAUGUAAAUACCUAUAUUUUUGAAAUUUGUGAAUCUGUAUAUUUGAUUUUACUUAUUUAGUUCUUGUUUAUGUUUUCCACUACAAUGCCUAAACACUCUUUGUCUUAGGGCCGUAUCGUCAGUCGUUCCUGCAGUUGCAUUUGCCUUUAUGGCCUGCUUGAUUUUCAUAGUUUUCCUCUCCGUCAGAAAGGCUGGGAUAUUUCUAGAUUUCUACUGUUCCAUAUCAGCGUCAGCGCUCCCCUAUAUUCAGACUAUAUUUUCUUCUUGAAUUGUAGGAAAUUUCAGACUUUAUAACAGACGUUAUAAAUCAAAAGCAUUAACAAUUUGAUGCAAGUAGAUAUUUGUAACAUAACCACAUAUUAUACAGAUGCGACACCUGCUGUCGGUCCCUUUGAUCUUCGUGUCCCCCAACUGCUUACCACAUUUCCCGCUUAUGUUCAUUAGCGUCCGGAGGAUUUUUCCCUAGGGGUUGUUACGCGUUAUUAACAUUACGUCACGAAUGUCAUAUGUCAAGCUACAGAACGAAGAAAUUUGUGUUUAUUAUUACCCAAAAUGCAUUUAGGCUAGAUAAUUGAUUUGUAUUGAUAAAACUGUUUUGUGGUCACGUGUCAAUACACUAAAUGUCACAGCAAUAGGAAUCCCACCAAACGCAUAGAACUCAAGUAGGCGUUGAUAGAACCUGAUUUUUGCCAGAGUGUCGCCUCUGUAUAAUACUCUGUGACAUAACCUCAAAAUAGAACGCUGACGCGGGACAGUAGAAAACUAUGAAAAUCAAGGAGGCCAUAAAUGGAUCCUUGAUUUUUAUAGGUUUAUACUGUUCCGUCUCAGAGCUCCAUUUUGAGGUUAUGUUACAGAUAUCUAUUUGCAACAAAUUGUCGAUGCUUUUGAUUUAUAUCAUAUGUUAUAUCAGCCUGAAAUUUCCUGCCUUUCUGAAGGAGAGAAAAUACUAUGAAAAUCAAGGAGGCCAAAAGGCGUCCUACAAUUAUUGUAGGAAGCACUAACGAUACGGACUUAAAAGAUUCACUUGUUCCUCUUCGCUUUCUCUCUUAUUUCUCUUAAUGUCUCCCCUUUUUUCCUUAACAUUGUCUGGUUACUUGGUUAACAAACCUGACACACUUACAAACUGAUACGCUAACACAAGGGCUAAGGUCCUACAGACCGCUCUAACAAUCAACGAUGACUUGACUUGAUGUUUUCCCCUCUUAACCAAUUGAAGACACAAAUGAAUAAAGGUGUACUGGAAUUGUUUUACAACAUUCCUUUUUUGGCUUUAAACUAACCUUGUGGUUCUUUCAUUAUGUGAUUACUUUAUUGCAAAAACAAGAUAACAAACUAAUUAAACUAAAUUUUUAAAAUUUCAGUUAAAUAAAAAGUCCCAAUAAAAAAAUGUUUAAAGUCAGUUUUCUUCAUACAAUGAUUUUGUCUUCAGUUCCACUCAACAUUUUACGAAAAAUCUAUCAGUUUCCGAGUGGAAUGAUUCAUUUAGUAUAUAAUAUGUAGGCUAUAAAAAAACUUAUAAUAUUGCACUGAUUUUAUUUGUAACAUAUUAAAAAACGCGCAUUUUGAGAAAAGGAACUAGGACUUUUGUCAAGCAAAUAAAAUAGCCAGAAAAUAAUACUGUGAAACAAAAGUGUACUAUAGGUAAUUCUUGAAUACUUGCUUUACGUGCAGCACAAAAAGGUAAACUUAAUAAUUACUUAUCCUACACUAUUUUGUUUUAAUAUUUGAUUUGUAUUGUGCAAUAGUUUGUGACGCAAAUUUUGCGCUGUGUAAUGAGUGUGCAAUUUUCUUUAGCCAUAUUUGAAAAUGUGCAAUUAUUGAACAAGUGACCUAUACAUCUGGACUAUUAUAGGGUUAUGCAGCUAAUGACCCAAUGAAUUGACGCUUCGGAAUUGCGGUUGAGUUUUCACUGUACAUUUGACUAACGUAUGUUUGUACUUCCUAGUUCCUUUGACUAUUAACUAUAAUUUUUUGGGCGAUCAACCAAACGUGACUACUUAUAGGCGAUUACUUGUAUCAUUAAUUCCUUCUGGUGCCUAUACAGGGUGUUCCUUAAUAUUUAAGGAGGCGGUUCUUGAAUCUGUUUUUAGAAAAAAGAAUCAUACGAACGUAUAUCCUAAACGUCUUAACUUUUGAAAUACAGGGUGGUCAAAAAUCUGUAUUUUAUAAUAACUGUGGUACUGUUGUAGAUAUCUUUAUGAAAUUUGGUACUGGCCUAUGCAUCAAGUUGUAUUUUCUGAUGCAAUUUUAUUAUUUCUACCAGUAUCGUCCGUACGGGUUUCCAAUUGAAUAUUUUUUGAAAAAAAAAUGUUGCGCCACUGCUUUUUCUUUAAGUAAAAAUUAUUUUUUAAAUCUUCGCUUAUAUCUUAGCAAAUUUAUUCUCUUGAUUUUCUUUCGUCCGAUGCAUGGAUUUUGUUUGAAAAAUAAAAAUCGUUUUAAUUCAGGGUUUUUAAUUUUUAAUUUUUUAAGCGAAAUGCACUCGUCGGACGAAAGAAAAUCAGGAGUUCGAAUUUGUUCAGAAAUAAAUGAACGUUUCAACACCGGUUCUUAUUUAAAGAGAAAAUAGUGGCGUACCAUUCUUCCUCCAAAAGUGUUCAAUAUAAAACCUGUACGGACGGCACUGGUAUAAAUAACAAGUUUUUCCUAAAAUGUAUCCUGCAAUAAGUUCCUUGAAUAUGAGCGUGUCAUUAAGGAACACCCUGUACAGACAUUUAUAGGAUAUCUCAAAACUCUAUGGAAGAAAAAAAUGUGUUCGUCUAGGAUACCAAUUCUUAAAAAUUAUUAAGUAUUCAAUAAUAAUAAUAAUAAUAAUAAAAAUAAUUCAAUUAUUUUUCGAGACGUUUCGGAAAGCUUUCGAAGUUUGUCAGAUACAUUUGCAAUGGCAUCUACUUUCAGCAAAAUGCUUGGGUUAUUAAUAUAAUUAUUCCAUCACAGACUUGAAUCUGAUGGACGUCAACGGCACUUUUUCUCCUGCUAUUUGUCAAGAGAAUGACUUAAGGCCGCACGUCCCUUUUUUUCAACUACCUGUUUGGAACAGCAUUCUAAAUCUCGUCUGGUUACUUCAUUAUGUGUAUAGAGAUGACUAAAAGACAUUGUUUUUAAUUUUGUUUUGUCAUAAAAUGCAUUUUUUGUGCAUAGUAUUGUGGAAUUUUUCUUCGAUCAUAACUUGUUAACAAAUAUUAAAACAACUCUGAAAUUAUAUGUGAAUAUUUCACUACUUUUAUGGAUGAAUGAAGCAAGUGAUUAAUUUUAUUCUUAUCACUUUUUCUCUUCGAAAAAUCUUUGCUUCAAGAAAAUCAAAGAUUUUUCGAAAAGAAGAAGUGAUAAGAACGAAAGUAAUCACUUGUUUCAUUCUUCCAUAAUUUGUUAACAAGUUCCGGUUGAAGAAAAAAUGCACAAUAAAAUCCACAAGAAAUGCAUUUUUUCACCAAAAAAUGGAAACAUUGUUUUUUAGUCAUCUCUAGACACACCAUGAAAUGAUCAGAUUGAAAGGAGUUAGAAUACUGCUGUAAAUCUAAAAAAGGGACGUGCCACCUUGAGAAGCGACUAUUCUAUAAAAAAAAGCUAUAAAAUACGAUUUUUCGAAAAGUAAUAGAAUAACGCCCUUCCUACCAAUACUUCUACUUCCUUAUUUUCAAGAAAUGGCAUCCAGAAUGAAUGUCCAUUAUUCAUGAAACAUCCUGUAUAAAAUCUCGAUAGUGUUUGACAAUACCAAUCAAUCUGCUUACGAUUGGUUGAUCGUGCGAAUUUGAUAUUGUAAGUACUCCUAUUUCCGUUGAUUAUAAAUUGGAUAUAUUUUUGUAUAUAUUUCAAACAGAAAAGUAUGAGCUACGGAAUAAAGACUGCAAACUUAUCGAAAAAAUAUAUUUUUUAUUUCAUCGAUAAGUAAAUGUAUUGUGUAAUACGUAAAAUAUUAGGUUUUGUAUUUUUUAUGUCGAGGCUACGGGACACGAAAUGCAAUGUUCAUAUUGUGCGUUCUAAUAAAAGGAACACUAUAGAUUAUUUACCUAAUUUUUCCCUUUAGUUUGUAUUAUUAUUUGUAUUAUUAUAUUGUAAAUAAUAUAAAUUCGUCAGAGUUAUUUUUUAUAAAUAAAUUUUAAUAUAAACCUUAC